AUAUAUAUAUAUGUAUAUGUAUUUGUAUUUGUAUAUGUAUAUGUUUAUGUAUUUGUGUGCGCACCUCACAAGUAUAAAAGAAAAAGCAAAGUAUCACCAAAGUUGCUAUCACUAACUAUACAUCAUACAAUUAUAAUAACAUAAUAUGUUGAGACAUCUAGCACGUGCACGGGGAAAACCACUAAUUAAAAGUGUUAGAGUAUUCUCCACUACACAUACCAUACAAAAUCUCUUUGGAGGAUCAAAAUCCAUAAAUCAAAUCAAAUUAGAACCUCCAUCAGGAAAGGGAGAGAGUACAGCCAAUCCAGCCGAUUUAUUUAAAAAGAAUGAUAUAUUAAUGUUUUCAGAUAAACCUAUCAAUUAUAUAGAGAGUGUUAAAGAAAAUGGAUUUCAUCUUGCCAAUAAUUUAUUAAUUACAUCUCCUGAUAAAUUGGGGAAUAUUAUUGGAACAUUAUUAAUUCAAAGUGAAACUUUUGAAAUAAAUUUAAGUAAUAAUGGUUAUCAAUUAAUUAAUGGAUUCAUAAUAAAUUUUAGUGAAGAAAUUUUAAAUGUGUUCGCGAAAGUUCACCCUAAACCAGAAAUUUUAGUGGUAGGAUUAGGGAGCAAAUCUCGAAUGUUAAGUGAAUCAAAUAAGAAAUUUUUAUCACGAUUAGGGAUUCAAUUAGAAGUUGGAGAUUCAAGUAAUGCUGCUAAUAUAUUUGAUUUAUUAGCUACUGAAAGACCAAAUGUUAUAGGAGCUUUAUUAUUACCUCCUAAUGUAUAAAUGUAAAUAGUGUAAAGAGUAAA